CAAAAACUUUUGGGAUUCCCUAUGGCAUUGCAAUUUUCCAUGCUGAUACAAAAACACACAUGUUUACUUUUGCUCAUCCUUGCAUUAGAUUGGUAUCGAAAUAUGGCACAGCUAACGAAUCAAAAUAGGACUCGUCGUCCUUUGAGCAUAAAAUAAGUUUAAUCAAAUGUAGCCGAACAAAUUACAAUUGCAGUCAUGGGAUAGAUACUCAGAUAGAGUACAAAAUUGAGAAUAUUGUGAAGUCCUCGUUGCAACUGCAGAAGCAUUUGUCAAACGUUAAGAGACAGUGGGCAAAAGUUGAAUGACCGGUCAGCUACCCUAAAACCGAUCGGUCAACUUGGGACUGCUCACUCACUGGACGAUAUAAUCUUGUUAAAAGAGGGACUCAAACACUAGGAAUUGAUGUCCCAGCAAUAGAGCGCUCCAUGAGAAAGGGAAUAAUCCAACUUUAUUGACCACUGACCCCGGGGGUUUCACUGACAUCAGAAAGAUUAGUUGGUACCAGGAGUAGUGCGUGUGAAGAUGUGGAAAUUAAGCCUCUUGGUCGUGCUUCUCCAAGCUCUAAAUGUGGCAAGUAAAAGCCCAAAUCGGACCCCAAGGAUUCUCCCAGAAGCAGUCAUGGAAGAACUCGGGCUUUCGGAGAACGAGGACUACCGAAUUGUCGGGGGAGAGCCAAUUUUUGAGGGUCUCUCAUUUCAAGUCUCUAUUCAGGAGAAGAGGCGCGGAAACCAUUUUUGCGGGGGAUCGAUAAUUCAUCAGGAUUUUGUUCUGACGGCUGCUCAUUGUUGCGAAGGGUUCCAUGCGGAUGAAUUGGAAAUCGUGGCCGGUCGAAUCAACAUCCAAAAGGCGCAUGAAGAAGGAGAGCAACGUCGAGAUGUGACUGAAGUUAUCAUCCACGAGGAUUGGGACUCUUCCACAGUCAAAAAUGACAUUUGCCUCCUGAGAGUUGGAAAGGGCUUCAUUAAAACAUCGUCGGUUGAGCCAAUCGCUCUUGCCUCAGAGAAUGAAGAAUUUCAAGGGACAGCAAAGGUUUCUGGUUGGGGAACAACCAAAUUUGGAGGCGCCGCUUCUGAUGUACUGCAAGCUGUGGAUGUGCCAUUUGUUAGCCUCAAAGGGUGCCAAGAGAGCUAUGGAGAGGAUAACAUUUUCGAUACGAUGCUUUGUGCUGGAGCAACAGGAAAAGACUCUUGUCAAGGUGAUUCCGGGGGACCAUUGGUUUGCAGGAGCAAGAUCACCUAUGGGUCUGGAACUAAGUUAUGUGGACUGGUCUCUUGGGGAAAAGGUUGUGCCAAAAAAGGAUUUCCUGGGGUUUACACGAAACUAGGCCGAUAUCGAUAUUGGAUUCAUACUCAUGUGUUUUCAAGAUGUUAGUAGAUGUGUAUUGGUUAAUGUGAAGCUUCUUGGUUCCAUUGAUGGUCUUAUUAUUGAGUGCAUUAAAUGCACUGGUUCAAGCUACUGCUCAAUGAAAAUGAUCUACACGAACUAAUUUGUACCCUGGUAGAUGUUGAUGGUCCACUUGUUUUGUUCAUUUGAAGGACAGUUUGAGCAAAGUAUAAUAAAGAGCUCUGUGGUGUUAACCAAAACGACGGUU